GCGGUGUGUGAUUUAGCAUGCCUGGCUCCAGGCGUGCGCCGCUACACUCACAACACAGGUCAAAGAUGGCAGCGCUGUCAUCGCCGCUGCGAGUGUGUCGCGGAAUCCUGAAAGAACUGCGUGCAAUUCAGGGACCGAGUUACAAAAAGUCACUAGCUUACAACUAUGUUAUGGACCAGUUUCGCAAGAAUAAGGUGACUGGAGAAAGGUACUGCCGUGCCAAGCAGGAAGCGCACCAUGCCUCACACACAUACCUGUGUUUGCUAGCUUCCACCAGAAACCACCUGGUCCUGCACAAUCUUUACCAUGGCAAGGGAGAGCGCAGCCCAGAAGAGGUGGCUAGUCUCGUGGGGCUCAGGUUGCCCACCCAGCCAGGAGGCAAAGGCUGGGAGAAGUGAGGACACUGGACUAACAGUCUUUAAAAUCUUAAGAGUUGUGUGUGUGUGCGUUUGACACAUCUGGACAGUCGACCUCAUGUAAAUCAAACUCUUUGACAGGUUGGGAGUUAUGUUAUGUGAACUGUCUGAGAGAUGAUUUUACCAGUGUUCAAAAGGCGGAAAAAUCACUGUACUGUGAAAAUAUAAGCUGCGGUUAAAAUCUCUGGUUAAUAUAUCCCCCCCACUACUUAUCCACAGCUCUGUGUGUGUUUAAAUGCAAUGAUUAAAAAUAAAUGUAAGUACAUUUUUACUUUUGACUUAUUUCUAUUAAAACCGAAUCAUUUUGACACCUUUUCUGGAAGGAUGUUUAUACAUUAUAAAACGUCAUCAAACA